CCCGCCCCAGUCGGGCUCCCGCCUCGGUUCAGGUAGGGGGAGGUUUGCGGGGUAAGGCCUUCACCUAGGGCGGGGCUGGAGUGGGAGUGUCAGGUCUUGGGGCUCCAUUGUCCGCGAACCCCAACUUCCGAUACAACCUGGAGCCGUUCCUGCAGCUGCAGGGGGACAAUUCCUGGGUCUGGGGGCCACCGAGGCGCUGCCCGUGACCAGCAAAGCCACCUCCUUUAUGUCGCUCCAGCCUUGUGGUCUCUGCACCUCUGCAGCUUCUAAACCCCUGCCCGUCGUGCUUCCCAGCCCCGGAGUCGGGUGUCCUGGGUAGCUUGAGGACACGGGCUGGGCAGGUGCCAAGAUCCCAAGCCCGCCGCCUCUCUACCCCCUCCCGCCGCCCGGUGCUACCCUGCUAGGCUGAGCCACUGGGUGCCAGAAGCCAGAGGCCUCCGGGAGACUACGUGCGGUCGCCUGCUCCACUUGAGCCUACGCUUUCUGCUUCAGUUGCUUUCCCAAUUGAGCGGAAAAGCCGGGGGCAUGUAGCCGGGGCCCUGGGAAGCUGGACGGUUCGGCACUGCAGCCCGGUUCGGCACUGCAGCCCGAAGCCCGCCUGUGCACUUUCCCGCCCACAGGCCGCCCAGUCGCUCUGGCUGCGGCCCCUGCCAACGUCCCCCAGGUUGGACACCAGACCUUGCGGCCCCCAGCCAGCCAGAUGGAAGCCCAGACUGACGUCGCAGGGACACUGGGUUCCCUAGGAGCCGCCCCAGGCUUAAUGAUUGUCCAGAAGGUGGCUAUAAAGGGAGCCUGGGAGGCUGGGUGGAGGAGGGAACGGAGGAAAACCUAACUCAGCAGAUCUGGACGCUGUGAGAGCCGCAAGCAAGAGCUGUGGGUUGGAGACUCUGUGUUCCAGCUCAUAGGGCCUGCUUUUUUCUACCAUGGCGGCCCAAGGCUAUGGCUAUUAUCGGGCUGUGAUCUUCUCAGCCAUGUUUGGGGGCUACAGCCUGUACUACUUCAACCGCAAGACUUUCUCCUUUGUCAUGCCAUUAUUGGUGGAAGAGAUCUCUCUGGACAAGGAUGAUUUGGGGCUCAUCACCAGCAGCCAGUCGGCAGCCUAUGCCAUCAGCAAGUUUGUGAGCGGGGUGCUGUCCGACCAGAUGAGUGCUCGCUGGCUCUUCUCUUCUGGGCUGCUCCUGGUUGGCCUGGUCAACAUAGUCUUUUCCUGGAGCUCCACAGUACCUGUCUUUGCUGCUCUCUGGUUCCUUAAUGGCCUGGCCCAGGGUCUGGGCUGGCCCCCAUGUGGGAAGGUCUUGCGGAAGUGGUUUGAGCCAUCUCAGUUUGGCACUUGGUGGGCCAUCCUGUCAACCAGCAUGAACCUGGCUGGAGGGCUGGGCCCUAUCCUGGCAACCAUCCUCGCCCAGAGCUACAGCUGGCGCAGCACGCUGGCCCUGUCUGGGGCACUGUGUGUGGCUGUCUCCUUCCUCUGUCUCCUGCUCAUCCACAAUGAACCUGCUGAUGUUGGACUCCGCAAUCUGGACCCCACCCCCUCCAAGAGCAAGAAGGGCUCCACGAAGGAGGAGAGCACCCUGCGGGAGCUGCUGCUGUCCCCCUACCUGUGGGUGCUCUCCACUGGCUACCUUGUGGUGUUUGGAGUAAAGACCUGCUGUACUGACUGGGGCCAGUUCUUCCUUAUCCAGGAGAAAGGACAGUCAGCCCUUGUGGGUAGCUCCUACAUGAGUGCCCUGGAGGUUGGGGGCCUUGUAGGCAGCAUCGCAGCUGGCUACCUGUCAGACCGGGCCAUGGCAAAGGCAGGGCUGUCCACCUACGGGAACCCUCGCCAUGGCCUGCUGCUGUUCAUGAUGGCUGGCAUGACAGUGUCCAUGUACCUCUUCCGGGUAACGGUGACCAGUGACUCCCCCAAGGAUGUUGCUUUCUGGACUCCAGCUCUUCACCCUCUUGCUGAGCUCACAGGCUUUACGGAGCAUGAGCUUUGGAUCCUGGUGCUGGGAGCUGUGUUUGGUUUCUCCUCUUAUGGUCCCAUUGCCUUGUUUGGAGUCAUAGCCAAUGAGAGUGCCCCUCCCAACUUGUGUGGCACCUCCCAUGCCAUUGUGGGACUUAUGGCCAAUGUGGGCGGCUUUCUUGCUGGGCUGCCCUUCAGCACCAUUGCCAAGCAUUACAGCUGGAGCACAGCCUUCUGGGUGGCUGAAGUGGUUUGUGCAGCCAGCACGGCUGCCUUCUUCCUCCUGCGAAACAUCCGCACCAAGAUGGGUCGGGUGCCCAAGAAGGCUGAGUGAAGAGUGAGGCUCUGGAGUACCAUCCCACCUGGCCCCACCUGGCCGUCCCCCUGCACACUGUGGGGGAAGGGAGGGAGCUGCUCUGCUAGCACUGAACCUUCGACUUUCCCUCUCUGCACCUUUUCCCUUGCCCAGGUGGUGCUGGAAGUUAGCAGUGGCUAAUGAGGUCCCAGCUCCCCAUCCUAUGCUCUAUUUAAAAGACAUUUGUCCUUGGACUCCAUUAGCUCCUAUUUCCUGCCUUUAAACAAACAGGAAACUUCUACAGUCAGGGAGCCUCCUGUACCCUUCUUCCUUUCCUGGGCCCUGUCCUGCUCCAUCCUACCCCAUCCCCACCUGAGGUGAGGCUGUCCCUGCAGUUACAAGACACUAAUGGCCCGUGACUUCUGCUCCACCCUAAGUCCUCUCAGCAGUGGACAAUUACUAUUGCCAAUACCUCAGACUCCAGGGGAAGAGAGGAGGCCAUUACUCUAAUACCCUGGGCACAGUUGGGGGGCAUGGGUGGGAGGGAAAGAUGACUUGUUAUAGAAAAUUAAAACUAGAUUUGAUACU